AUGAAGCCCUCAAUACCAUCAUUAAUCUCGACCGCCUUGCUGCUCGGCAGCGCACCCUUCACAUGCGCCGAGCGCUUACUCAAGUCGACCUCGCUCAACCCCUGUCAGACCAACAACAACUUCUCCGCCACCCUCUUCGACGUGACUUUCACGCCGCAGAAUCGCAGUCUGGCAUUCGACGUCGUCGGUGUCAGCUCCAUCACGGGAAAUGUUACCAUCGAGCUCAUUGUUCUCGCAUAUGGCUUGAACGUGUACAAGACCACAAUCAACCCGUGCGACUCGGACGAUUUCCAGGGUCUAUGCCCCAUGAACGAAGGACAGAUCAACUUGAACAGUAAUGCGGACAUCCCAGCGAGCUCGUUGAAGCAGGUGCCGGGCAUUACAUACACUGUGCCAGAUUUGGAUGCGAAGGUGCAGGUGUACUUCAAUCAGACUUCCACUGGAACUUCAGCUGCAUGUGUCGAGGCCGAAUUGUCCAACGGUAAGACCGUGGAUCAAAAAGGCGUCGCGUGGACCAUUGCUGUUAUAUCCGGCCUGGCUCUUGUCGCGUCUGCCAUUACAUCAGGUCUGGGCCACUCCAACACUGCUGCUCACGUCGCAGCGAACGCAAUGGCUCUGUUCGGAUACUUCCAGGCACAGGCUUUCAUUGGCAUGACUGCGGUCUCUCUGCCACCAAUCGUUGCCUCGUGGACUCAGAACUUCCAGUGGAGCAUGGGCAUUAUCCGUGUUGGCUUCCUUCAGAAGCUCGCCACUUGGUACCAGAGAGCCACCGGUGGAACUCCAUCGACCAUUCUCUCCAACUUGAGCUCUAGCUCCGUGCGUGUAGAGAAGCGCAGCAUGCAAGUUGUCGAAGGCUUGAUGAAACGCGCAAUCAGCCAACUCCACAACAUGGCCAUCAACAAGCGAUCCAACGCUGGUUCGGAUCAGACCGACUCAUCGACCCAGGUUAUCGUGAAAGGCAUCAAGCGUGUUGGUUUCCGUGCUUCCAUCGAACCGACUAACAUCUUCUUGACUGGAUACAUCUUCUUCCUGAUCUUCGUCAUCUUCGUCGUGCUCGGCGUCGUCAUCUUCAAGUUCGUCUGCGAGGGGCUGACGAAAGCUGGUAAGAUGAAGGGAGAGAAGUUCCAGGAUUUCCGCAAUGGCUGGACUACCGUGCUCAAAGGCAUCCUGUUCCGCAUUGUCCUCAUUGGCUACCCACAAAUGAUCGUGCUCUGCUUCUGGGAGUUCACUCAGAAGGAUUCUGGCGCUGAAGUUGUUUUGGCCGUUUUCACCAUCUUCCCAAUGCUCGCCAUCCUCGGCUGGGCAUCCAGCAAGGUCAUCCGACUCGCGCGCCGCAGUAUCGCAAUGCACAAGAACCCGGCCUACAUCCUCUACUCGGACCCCGUCUCACUGAACAAGUGGGGUUUCUUGUACGUCCAGUUCAAGGCGACGGCAUACUACUUCAUCGUCCCAUUCUUGAUCUACAUCCUGGUCAAGGGUUUGUUCAUUGCUUGUGCACAGGGCAGUGGCGUUGCUCAGGCCGUUGCGCUCGUGGUCAUUGAGGCAGUCUGGCUGAUCGCCGUCUGCGUGCUCCGUCCAUACAUGGACAAGAAGACGAACGCCUUCAACAUCGCCAUCUGUGUUGUUAACUUCCUCUCGGCCAUCUUCUUGUUGGUCUUCUCGGAAGUCUUUGGACAGCCAGGCAUCGUUACCGGCGUAAUGGGCGUCAUCUUCUUCAUCUACAACGCAGCUUUCGCCACCAUCCUCCUCGUCAUCGUACUGGUCGCUUCAGGGAUCGCCAUCUUCUCCAAGAACCCCGAAAGCAGAUACCAGCCAAUGCGUGACGACCGUGGUAGCUUCAUCAAGUCCCAAUCGCAAUUGACGACCGAACUUGAUGCGUUAGGCGCGACCGCACGUGGCGAGUCGAAACACGGCUUCCACACUACCAAGAGCGGCGCUCGGAUCGAGGACGACGACGACAGCUGGUCUGGCUCAGGCGGCAGCAGCGACCGAACGCCGCAAGUAACACAAUCUCAGACAGCGUACACCGGCGCAGGUGGCUUCGGCCAUGCCGGCAACGAUGGCGGUGCACGACAUCUGCCACCGUACGACCGAACAGGCUCGAUGACGAGCAGUCAGGGUCGUUUUCGUCAGCAAGGAGCAUCACCUUGGCAAAGAGGAGCCGGUUACGAGUAA